AUGUGGUCCUUAGUAGAUUAUAUUCUUCAAUUUACCCCUUAUGCUGAAUUAACUGGUGAAUUGCAUCCAUUUGCUUCAAUCAUUGUCACAUUUUUAUUACUCUCUGUAGGUUAUUUAAUGGCUAAUACUUUCUUGAGCAAGAUUCUGGGAAAGAAUAAGUUUCAGCCUAAAGGAAAGGAGUUUGCCAAGUUAAUGGCUUCUAAAGGUGCGCAUGUCACAAUUUGUGCUAGAGGAAAAGGUGACUUGGAUCUUGCUCUAGAAGAAAUUAAAGAAGCAGCUCGGUCUUGUGAUAAUUAUGAAAAUUUGAAAUUCAACGUAGUAUCUGCUGACUUAUCAAAAUAUGAUGAAUCUGUUCGUGCACUUGAUGAAGUUUCGUCAAAGCAUGAUGGAAGAGUACCUGAUGUAAUUGUUUGCAACGCUGGUCUUUCAAUACCAGGUGUAUUUAUAGAACGUCCAAUUGAAGAAUUUGAGAAAACUAUGCAGCUUAACUAUUUCGGAGCCUUAUAUACCAUCCAUGAGGGUGUAAAACGCAUGGCCCAACAAGGUGUAAAGGGCAAAAUCGUUAUGGUUAGUUCUGUAGCAGGACUUUGUGGUUUUAUGGGAUUUACUUCAUAUGCUCCAACAAAACAUGCUCUUAGAGGUUUGACUGAAUGUUUGCGUCAUGAACUAAUUCUUUACGAUAUUAGUGUACACUGUUACUUUGCUGGUACAAUUGAUUCACCUGGUUAUCAAGAAGAGAUGAAAACGAAACCAAAAAUCUCUCAAGAAAUCGAAGGUGAUGAUAAAAUGACUCCAAAGGAUGCUGCCAAAGCUUUGUAUAAAGGCAUAUGUAAAGGCAACGUUUUUAUUACUUCUGACAUUAUUGGUGAUGCAAUUAGAGCUUCAACUUUGGGAAUUUCACCGGCAAAUAACGCAUUUACUGAUGCUUUAUUAUGUGGCAUUACUUGGUUGGUAAUUAAACCUGUAAGAUGGUAUUUUGAUAAAAUGGUUCGCGAUAAUAAAACAGAUUAUCCUGUUGCUCCCGCUGAUAAUAAAUAA